UAGCUGACUCGGACACGUAGUGAGAAUUUUAUUUUUGUUUAUGUGGCCUUAUUGUUUGUCACUGAUUGCUACACGUCAUGUGAUGGUAGAAGAUGCGAUCCUUGUUUGAAAAUGAUAACAAACACCCCGCUGUAUGGAUCUACGGAAUUAAGUGUUUUAUGUUUCAUGCGUUAUGAACUCGGUACUGAAGAAAAUAGUUGUUAGAAGGCCUCGAAUAUUUGCAGGAUCGGGUAAACUAGUUUGUAUUCACUUCAGGAUUAAAAAUUCCUAGCUAUUGUGGAGGUUGAAAUAUAUUGCAGUACUUUGAGCAAUGGCAUCUACAACUAAAGUUUCUGAAUCAGAUACAGAAAUUACCAGCAUCCAUGCUGGAUUAAUUGAAGAAGUUCAUGAUAUUCCAAUCACAGUUCUCAUUCGCCCAUUUCCACUAGAAGUAAAUGAAGAUAAAGUUCAGAGCAUAAUGAAGACCCUGCAGGAUCCAGUAAAGUGUUCUGAAGUGCCACCGAUUGACGUUUUAUGGAUUAAAGGUCGAGAAGGAGGUGAUUAUUACUAUUCGUUUGGUGGUUGUCAUCGAUACUCUGCGCACAGACGUUUGGGUUUACCGACGAUAAGGGCCAAGCUGGUGAAAUCCACUAUCAGUGACUUAAGUGUCUACCUUGGAGGUUCUACACCUGAUCUGAAAUAGGGUUAAGACUAAGAAAUAUGAUCAAACUCAAAAUAAAGUCAAUGAUUUAAGGAAAAUGCAAGAUAAGUCAGCAUUUCAGAACCGGUCAAUGCCUGUUAUAUUUUAGAAAAUGUAUUACCUUCAUUGUGUUCAUGUUAUUUGAAAAAAGUACUUAAUGCGUUGGUUUAUAAAGCAUUUAUUGUUGAAGUUAAUCAGAUAUUCUGUGCUUAAUGCUAGUCUUGUUUUGAGGUAAGUUAAGUCUGAAUACUGGCAUUCUCACUUCAAAAUGAUGACUGAAUAAUAUGAAUAACAAAUUUAACCAUACGUUAACUGACUGUAUAAUAUGCUUUGACUCUUCAAGCAUUUUUAAAACCUCAGUGGUCUGUCACUGAAGAAUUCUGUCCUUCAGUUUUAUAUAUUGUGUGUAUUACUUUUAAAGUUAUUUGUCCAUAAGUGAACCAACUGUGACUUAUAGAUGAAAGAACUGGAACUUAUGAUGAAUGAAUAUCUGCUUCUUGGAACCCAUACUUUGAUGGACACAUUCCUUUUACAUUUAAUUUAUUGCGUGUAUUAUGAUGCACAGUCUCUGAAGAGAAUAAAAUGUUUGGAAUUUUACUUUUGAUCUUGGUAACUGUAAGUUGAUCACUUUUAUUUAAAUUUGAAGCUAGCAAGAAGUUCAAUAAUAACAAUUAUUUAAGGUUUUCAUGAAUCUGCCACAGAUUAUGGAUGUAAAAGAUGUUUCAUAUAAACUUUUUAUGAAAAUGUAAGAAAAUAAAUAAUACUAGGAUCACAAUACUUGUAACUUGCUCAUUACAAUUGUAGUAUUGGUCACUGAAUAUUGUAGGUUCUUGACCAGAUGAAUAACCACCACCUACGUAAGACUCUGUACUAAGGAAUUUGUUAUAGAUUUUAUAACACAGUACAUAAUGUGCCAUAGCAGGUAUUCUGUCCUGAGAAAGUGCAGUCCCACAUUUUAUUCUCCCUGCUAUUACAAGCAAGAGAACCCAAUGUUUCAGCAAUUUCCCUGUGAUUAAGGCAAGAUAUCUUGAAUUAUAAUUCACAGUACAUAUAAUACAACUGAAAUUGUGCUCCAUAUCAAGAUACGAACAGGUUGAGAGCCAAUGGUAAAAUCAAAAUAUCUGCUGAGUAUAUGUGGGAAACCCAUUAUUUAUAAUAAAAAUGAAAGAAUCAAGUAGUAGCAAAUCUUACGCCAUGAGAAAGUGACAGGUGCCAUGCUGAUCAACAAAUGUGUUGUGAAACCCAUCUCAAUAGCUUACCACUGAAUUUUAUCCAGAGUCAGUUGUGGUGUGAAUUUUAAUAGUGCUUAAGAAAGAUAAUUAUGUACUUUUAUAUGAUAUUUUAAUAGGUGAUGGAUAUGUGAGUGGUAGUUAAAUGUAAGGCAAAGUUAGUAUGAGAUUACAUUGCAUAAUAAAACAUUUUUAAUUUACCUA